CUCAGAAAAAAGGCUGAGAGUAUUUAGGGCAAACAAGGAGAGAGAAACCUAUAGAGAGAAAGUAUGUCUUCCUUCAACAACGAUGGCGACGAGCUCAAAACCACCGAUCAUCGAUCCCUUUGACAAUGGUUAUCGGGCUUCGAUUAUUCUCAGUGUUUCGAUUUUUCCGAUUUCGGCGAUGGACAUGAAGGUUGUUUUGUUUAAUCCUGGGCUUGCGGUUGCUAAGGUUACGGUUGUGGAAGAUGAUUUUCCGAUCUCCAAGGUAUAAUUAUCUCUCUUCUCUCCUUCUUGUUCUAAUUGAUCCAAUUUUCAUCUCUUUUCUUCAAUUAGAUUUUACCUUUUAUAUCUGAAUGUUGACUACUUUUUUGUUUGUUUAUUUCUCCUUUUAUUUUCCCCUUUUUUUUCUCUAUUUUCGCUCUAAAAUAAGCGAAAGGAGAAGAUGGAGCAAGGUUUGGUGGACUCGAGUUUGAGGCGAAUAUACUCAGUUGCCAAAAUUUUGUUUCUGGGUUUUCCUGCUGGAAUUGGCUUUUCAUAUUUCGACACUACAUCUGAUUUGAUAUCUCAUGGAGACAAAAGAACAGCUUAGGACUCCUUGAAGUUUCUGCUGGAUUGGAUCAAACGGUUCCCACACUAUAAGCGGAGAGAAUUUACAUUUUAGGAGAGAGCUAUGGAGCAGCUUGACAGGUUAUUUGUUGAUUCUACGAUGCCGUUAUCUCUGAUCUCCAGCCCAGCCCUGAUACAACUGAGUUGUAGUUCUCGGUGUCUUGCCUGCUCGCCCUGCUUCGUUGAGUUCCAGGGGAAAAAGAGGAGGAGAUCGAGAAGAUCAAAGAUAAUCUCAGAGAAGUUCUCAAGCACUGUGCUCAAAUGCUUUCAGAGCUCCGAACUUCAUAAGUAUCUUGAACUCUGCCCAAGUGUAGCAGUUGGCAUUGGUGGUGGAUUUGACCUCCUUGUCUUGUUCAUGGUUAUUGGAGCGGUUUCAGCUGUUGUUUGGAGGUUACUUAGACCCAGCUGUUGUUUGUAGAUGAUUAUUAGAGCAGAAGAUAGCCAACCAAAGGACUAUGUGAAGUUAAUGUAUUUGUGUCUAACUAAUGUUUUUCUACUCAAAUAGGCAAAUUACAUUGUAUGCAGGUGUAAUUAUUCCUGAAAUCCGAUUAUUAUCCAAAGAUUAUAAAAUACGAGUAUUGUUUUAAUUCCA